AUGAAGAGGGAUGAAAGCAAACUUGUAUUUGAAAGUGCAGGUGAUCUGGUUGAUGAAAGGAUAAUUGGGGUUGAGAGGAUGAUAAAGCGUAGAUUGAGGCAGUAUUCUUUGAACUUACCGGUAGAAAGCAUGUUUGAGAGAUACUCCGAUAAGUAUUUUGUAAGUCUUCUUACUGAAGACAUGCUGAAGAGUUCUGUGAGUCUUGAGCUGAUGCCUUCUGAGAUAUCGAGGAUAUUUGGCGCAAAAAGCGAAAGAAGGGUGGAAGAUAUUGGGAGUGUUGAAAGCUCCUCAUCAGAAGAAGAUGCAGAUACCGACUCAGAAACAAAAAGCGAAGAAAGCGACAAUGAUUAUGUACAGAAUUUUUAUGAUGAGGAUGUGUUUGUGUCAGACAAGGAGGAAGAAGGAUACAUUUUCUAG